AUGCUCCAUUCUCGCCUCCGACCCCUCCCCCGCCGCCAAUUCACUUCCUCGGCUCCGUAUGCCCCUCCGCCGGACUUCCAUCAGGAAGAUGUAGACGACGAAUCCCCCGAAGACCUAUUCACGGCAUUUCUCCCCUUUCUCUUCCCAGAUGAUGCUCCAUCCUUCCACGGUGAUCCCGGUCAGCAUCUCCUCUACACAUCGCCACGGUAUGGCGAGCUACAAAUCAUGGUUCCCUCGUAUCCCCAACAGAGCGAGAAACGCCACGAGCCCGAAGAGGCCAGCGCCGGUCUACCCCAGCCCAAUGGCCAGGUGAAUAAGGUUGAAGAGGGUCGAAAACUCUUUGCCCAUUUCCUAUGGAGUGCGGCCAUGGUAGUUGCAGAGGGAGUCGAAAAGGCCGAUGCCCUGGACGCCGUAGGACAAUUGGAUUCCGACACAGCCAUGUGGAAGGUCAAAGGACAUAGUGUGUUGGAAUUGGGCGCUGGCGCCGGACUGCCCUCAGUCGUUUGUGUACUCGCCCGCGCUUCCAAUGUCACCAUCACAGACCACCCGUCAUCACCUUCCUUGUCUGGUGCGAUUAGGUCCAAUAUCGAUCACAAUCUCCAAGGACUAUCAUUUGCAGCCAAUGUGUCCGUGAAACCGCAUGAAUGGGGCACCCUAGAGAGUGAUCCCUGGGCGGUCAAAAACAAAGGCUCCUUCUCCCGGAUCAUCGCGGCGGAUUGCUACUGGAUGCGCUCCCAGCAUGAGAACCUUGUACGCACCAUGUUGUGGUUCCUGGCACCCGAUGGGAAGGUCUGGAUCGUGGCCGGAUUCCAUACCGGGAGGGCUAUCGUCGCGCAGUUCUUUGAAACGGCGGUGCAACUGGGUCUGAAGAUUGAGCGCAUCUACGAACGGGACCUCAUCUCGACAACGGAAAACGGACAGGAGGUACGGAGGGAAUGGGUGACUGUGAGGGAGGGAGAGGGGCCGGAGAAUCGCAGACGCUGGUGUGUUGUUGCUCUUCUCAAGACGUGA